ACGCGGAGCCAGUAAGACGUGUUCUCUGCCCUCUUUCCUUGAGUCUGCGACACGUUUUAAGUGCUCUCCCCCAUUGACAACAACAGCAAAAAUCAGAAAAAACCAAAUAUAAAAAACAUCGUGACAAAAGUUGUUUGUGUUUUUAAAUCAGUUCUAAACACGAAAAGGCUUGAUGAAAAACGCAAAAGAAUCCGAAAAACUAACCAACUAAACAAACGAAACUAAACCUGACUUGAGUGUUGCUUGACAAAUCAAGGAAAAUCAAAUCAUAACAAAAAACUGCACGAAAAAUGCGAGAGUUUCUAAUAUUUAAAAUCUUGCACAAGAAAUACAAAAUCAAUUAAAGUGAACUCUAACCGAAAGUUAUAAAACAAAAAAGAAGCAAAACAAACCAGCGAAGAACAAUCAGAAGAAGAGCGAAGCGCAAACAAAGAGCAGGAAGGAAGGAAACGGAUAAGGACAAAAAGGAAGCGAGCACCACACACUCACACACACACCCACACAAUGGCCGUGCCCUUUUAUUUGCCCGAGGGCGGCGCCGAUGACGUAGCCUCGAGUUCAUCGGGAGCCUCGGGCAACUCCUCCCCCCACAACCUGCCACACCCCCACCCGCCCCUCUCUGCGCACUCCCCCAGCGCAUCCUCCACCUCCUCGGGAGUGUCCUCCGCCUCCUCCGCCUCCUCGGGCCUAUCCGCCUCCUCUUCCGCCUCCUCGACCUCGGAUGGAACCAGCAGCGCCGCCUCGCAAUCGCCGAACACCACCACCUCAUCGGCCACGCAGACGCCGAUGCAGUCGCCACUGCCCACCGACCAGGUGCUCUACGCCCUCUGCGAGUGGGUCAGGAUCUACCAGAGUCAGCAGAGCGCCCCGCAAAUCUUCCAGUAUCCGCCGCCGCCGAGCCCCUCUUGCAAUUACACGGGCGGCGAUGUGUUCUUUCCCCACGGCCACCCGAUUCCGAAUCCGAAUCCGACUUCGCACCCGCGCACACCCCGCACCAGCGUGAGCUUCUCCUCCGGCGAGGAGUACAACUUCUUCCGGCAGCAGCAGCAACAGCAGCCGCAGCAGCAACCACAUCCGCCGUAUCCGGCGCCAUCGACACCGCAGCCAAUGCCACCGCAGUCAGCGCCGCCGAUGCACUGCAGCCACAGCUACCCGCAGCAGUCGCCCCACCUGAUGUCGCACUACUUCGGGAUGGGCGGUCCCUACUACGCCGCCUACACGCCGCCACCCACACCGAACACGGCCAGUGCGGGCACCUCGACCUCCGCCUCCGCCUCCUCCUCCUCCACCUCCUCGACGGCGGCCUUCGGCUGGCACGGCCCCCUCCACAGCCCCCUCUCGUCGACGUCCACGCCCCUGUCGGCGCCACUGGCGCCCAAGAUGCGACUGCAGCGCAGCCAGUCGGAUGCGGCCAGACGCAAGCGAUUGACCUCGACGGGCGAGGAUGAGCGCGAGUACCAGAGCGAUCAUGAGACCAGUUGGGAUGAGUUUGACGAUCGCUACGACAACUUUACGGCCGGACGGGAGCGCCUGCAGGAGUUCAAUGGACGUAUUCCGCCCCGAAAGAAGAAGAACCCGAACGGCCCCUGCAGCAGCAAUAGUAAUCCAAUCAGCCAAAACGACAGCCAGCCCAAUAGCCCCUGCAAUGCGGAGAGUAAUGCCACCCAUAACAGCAUCAGUCAGCAGCGACAGGUGGAGCGGGAACGGCAAAAGGCGAGGGCCGAGAAGAAGAAACCACAGAGCUUCACUUGGCCCACUGUUGUGACCGUUUUCGUUUUGGCCAUGGGCUGUGGCUUCUUUGCGGCGCGAUGAAACCGCGGGAGGCGUGUAAACGAAUGAUCUAUAGUGAAAUCAUCUAGCGCUUAAGAUAUAUGCCGAUCUAUACAUAGACAUAGCGAAACCGUAAAUAAGUGCAACGAAUUUAUUGAACUGCAAGGCCGCAAGCAGAAAGUCAUUAAUUCGUAAACGGAUUGUUAUAUAUACAGUAUACAGUAUAUACAGCCAACAUACAUAUAUAAGAUUAAGAAGGUUGACGGGACACAAGAACAAUAUAUUCUAUUUGUCUAUGUAACUGCAUUUGUAAUUCUAAAUCGAACGAAACAGAACUUUCCUCAAAGUGAACAAUUUAAACUGCUCAAAGUAAUGAAAACUCUUAGACUGGCAAGAGACUCAAGUCACACUUAUUUUUUUGCUGAUGCAUAUUUUUGUACAACCUUUUGAGAGAUAUUUACAAAUUACACAAGUACAAACGUAAAAAAAAAGAGAUAAGCAAAAGAAAACUGCCAAUUUUUGAGAUACUUUUGAUAAUCUUUGAUUUGCAUUUAAUCAUUUCCACACAUGCAUUUUCUUAAACAACAACAAAAUUAUUUCUAUUGUAGAACAAUGUAUAAACAGCAAUUUCAAUGUCUUCGCAUUUGUAAUUCCGGAUUGCAAGCAAAACAAAAAGUAUAUAUUUUAAAUAUGUUUAACUAGUAGAAUUUUUAAAAGUAAGACCACAAAAAAAUCACACGCCUAGCUUUAAUUGUUAAAACAAAAGAAGAGAAAAAAACGCAACAAAAAAAAAAGAAAA